CCUUUUCAUUCGCCCCUCCCACCGAUUUUUUUCCUUCUCUCUCCUUGAAUCUAACUGCUCGAACUAAAUGAGAGCCGUCCGCAGCUGACGAAACCCGACACGUGUCGACCAUCAGUAUGUUCGGAUGCCCCGGUCACGUAAACGUCGCACUUUUCUCUCCUUCCCACCAUCCCGCUUUCAGUCUUGCGCUCCUCUCCCUCAGCUUUUGGUUCAUUUCUGUUGGCGUCACUGAACCUGAAGCGAGAAGUAAUAUGAUCGAUAUAGUUACUUUUCUCUGAUUUCUCUUCUUGAAUUUCGUCCUGUUUUUUUGGGUAUAAAACUUCCUUCUUCUCGCUGAAAUAGAGUGCAUAUAUUCAUAUUUGGGUUAUUGAAUGGAUUGCUGAAGUGUCCUGCUGCGCAUAUUUUUAACUGGUGAUUACAAAUUACAGUAUAUUUUCUCAAUGGGAGGAGUUUGUUCUAGGAAGCAAGAGCAAGACAUUGAAGAUAGUUCUCCAGGAGAAUAUUGCAAAAGUGGGAGUUUGAAAAGGCUCACACCAUCAUUCUCUUAUCCUAUGAUGAGUUUCCAUUUACAAAAUGGAGAAUGUCCAUCACUGUUGGACUUGUGCAUCCAAAGAAUAAGUCAGGAUAUUGAUAGAUAUAGCUCAAUGUCUAUACUCCCACGGGAUAUAAGUCAGCAAGUUUUUAAUGAAUUGGUGCGCUCCCAUCGUCUAACUGCUGCUUUUCUUGAAGCUUUUCGAGAUUGUGCUCUCCAGGAUCUUUACUUGGGAGAAUAUGCUGGGGUGAAUGAUAGUUGGAUGGAUGUCAUUUCAUCACAAGGAUCAUCUCUACUUUCUGUGGAUCUUUCUGGUUCUGACGUCACUGAUUUUGGGCUGACUUAUCUUAAAGCUUGCGAAAAUCUCCUAGCCUUAAAUCUUAAUCAUUGUGACCACAUUUCAGACUAUGGUCUUAAAUACAUUAGUGGUCUGACGAAUUUAACUAGUCUGAGUUUUAGAAGAAACAAUGCGAUCUCUGCUCAAGGAAUGAGUAGCUUUUCUGGUCUAGUUAGUUUGGUCAAGUUGGAUUUGGAGAGAUGCCCUGGGGUUCAUGGAGGCCUUGUUCAUCUUCAAGGCUUAACCAAGUUGGAAUCUCUUAAUUUGAAGUGGUGUAAUUGCAUAACAGAUGCUGACAUGAAGCCUCUCUCAGAGCUUACAAAUUUGACAAGUCUAGAGAUUUCACGCAGUAAAGUCACAGAUUUUGGCGUCACUUUUCUCGGAGGAUUACAGAAGCUUUCUAUGUUAAAUUUGGAAGGAUGCCUUGUAACAUCUGCUUGUUUGGGCUCUCUUGCAGAGCUUCCUGCAUUGUCAACCUUGAAUCUUAAUAGCUGCAAACUUUCAAGCAAUGGAUGUGAAAAGCUUUCACAACUGGGCAAUUUGAAGACAUUAAACUUGGGAUCCACUGACAUUACAGAUGCUUGUUUAGCUCACGUGAAAGGAUUGACAAAGUUGGAGAGCUUGAUCCUAGAUGCAUGUAAAGUUGGUGACCGUGGAUUGGCCAACUUGGCAGGCCUUCGGCAAUUGAAAUGUUUGGAAUUGUCUGAGACAGAAGUUGGAAGCAAUGGGUUACGCCAUUUAUCAGGAUUGUCUAGCCUGGAGAAAAUAAAUCUGUCAUUCACUGAGGUUGGUGAUAAUGGUUUAAGGAAAUUGCGUGGGCUUUCAUCUCUGAAGUCUCUUAAUUUGGAUGCUCGCCAUAUUACUGAUGCCGGAUUGGCAGCUCUUACAAGUUUGACUACGCUUACUGAUCUGGAUUUGUUUGGAGCAAAAAUAACAGAUUCUGGAACUAACUAUUUGAAAAGCUUAAAGAACCUAAGGUCCCUGGAAAUAUGCAGUGGAGGCUUGACUGAUGCUGGUGUGAAGAACAUCAAAGAACUUUCAUCUCUGAUGUUCUUAAAUUUAUCACAAAACGGCAACCUUACAAACAAAAGCCUGGAGUUCAUUUCUGGUCUGACGGGGUUGAUAUCUUUGAACGUUUCAAAUUCUCGCAUCACCAGUGCUGGUUUGCGGCAUUUGAAACCGCUCAAGAACUUGAGAUCGCUGACCUUGGAAUCAUGUAAAGUGACAGCAAUUGACAUCAAGAAACUUCAAUCGACAGAUCUCCCAAAUCUGGUCAGCUUUCGGCCUGAGUAAGCGGAGAGGUGUAUUCUAAUAUAUCCUCUCCCUCCCUCCCUCCCUGUGAUAUAUGUAUAUACCGUCAUGUCUGAACGAUACUGAAAGACAGCCUUAAAUUGUACAUAGAUUAAUGGAUGGCCUGAAGCUUAACUCGUGGCAAGAUUUGGCCAUAAUCUCUCUAAUAAGAUGAUGGGCGGUGUCUGGCAUCGUCCUGUCUACUACGCAGACAGCAAUAAAGAGGCAUAUUUUUUCAUUAGAACUAUGAAAAGGUUGAUUCUAGCAACCAAGGUUUGAUA